UUAACUAAAGCAGGAAAAAAAAACAGAAAAAGUUUAAUUAUCGUGCUAUAAUUAGGCUGGUGAGCUGUGGGUGCAGUGUCAGUGUUUGUCCACCAGGAGCGCCACACGGACACAGUGUGAAGGAACUGUACACAGAGCGACCGUUGGGACUUUAACUGACGGACAAACUGGCGGAUAAACGCCGUUGAAGGAUAUUAUUUUAUCACGUAUAACGUCUAAGGAUGAACUGCUGAUACUUUCUUCUGUAUAUACCGAAACAAUCAGCUUCACGAUGUCAGCUGACAGCGAGCUCAACGCCGACACCGCUGACGACAACAAACUGGUCAGACCAAAGGUAGAGUUUCACUCUUUGCUGCAACUUGCCGGAGCCACUAAAGAUGUUUUCACCAUGAAGGAGGUGAUGUUUUACCUCGGGCAGUACAUCAUCCAGAAGCAGCUGUACGACCAGAAGCAGCAGCACAUCGUCCACUGCUCCCAGGAUGCACUGGGGCGGGUGCUGGGGGUCGACAGCUUCUCUGUCAAAGAGCCACGAGCUUUGUUUGGUAUGAUCACCAAGAACCUGGUGGCCGUGAAGAACCAAGAGUCAACGUCAAGCUCAAGUCAACCACUCAGUGAUAGUCAGACAGACAGAGGGACGGAGGAGGCCGAUUCAGAAAGUCGCUCUUCGUCGCCAGAAAGGAGAGGAAGACGAAGAAGGAGGAGGAGGAGUCGCAGGAGCAGUGACCCAGGACCCUCACACAGUCUAGAGGCUGGUGACGAUGAGGAGGAGUCAGAGGAGGAGGAGGAGGAAGAGGGGAGGAAGAGGAGGCGCUCUGACAGCUACUCCCUGACCUUUGACGACAGCCUGUCGUGGUGUGUGAUCGGAGGUCUGGGGAGCGUUCGGGACCGACACAGCAGCCAGUCGUCAGACUCCCACAGCUCCUCGGGGAGGUCAGAGUUGACGGUUGCAGUCUCGGACUCAGAAAGCGACAACUUCAGCGUUGAAUUCGAGGUCGAGUCGGUCGACUCCGACGACUACAACGAAGACGACGCGUCUCUGUCUGCAGACGAUCAGGUAUAUGAGGUCACCAUAUUCGAGGCAGACGAUGAAGACUCUUUUGAUGAAGACACAGAGAUCACUGAAGCUGAUUACUGGCGGUGUGUGAAGUGUGACGAGUUGAACCCGCCUCUCCCCAGAAACUGUCUCCGCUGCUGGACGCUGCGUCAGGAUUGGCUGUCUGAGGUGUCCCUCGAUUCCACAAAGUCCGCCUCCUCCGGUCCCAAAGCCCUCCCCCUGAAGCCGACCGGCCAAUCAGCAGCCAAAGAAGCUCCAGGUUCUGAUGUGGACGAGAACGAAGGAGUCGAUGUUCCAGACGGGAAAAGAGCGAAAACUCCCGUUCUGUCUCAGUGUCUGUCGGACUCCGGCUCCUCAGCCCCAAACUCCCAGGACCUCCUCUCCUCCUGCUCCUCCUCCUCCUCCUCCUCUCAGCCCUCGUCCUCCCAGCUGAAGCUCUGGACUCCUGACUCCCAGCCCUGCUCCUCCAUCGACUCCCAGGAGCUGCUCUCCCCCACCACUCCUCCUUCUCCUCCUCCUCAGCCUCCACCUCCUCCUGCCGAUCCUCUGGUCCCCGAGCUGGACCGCAGCGUGUCGGCCGAGUGGCGCCUCCCUGACUCGUGUCUGGACCCGUGUCUCAUCUGUCAGUCGCGGCCGAAGAACGGCUGCAUCGUCCACGGACGCACCGGACACCUGAUGUCCUGCUACGUCUGCGCCAGGAAGCUGAAGAAGAGGAACAAGCUGUGUCCCGUCUGCAGGCUGCCCAUCCAGUCCGUCAUCCUCACCUACCUCAGCUGAGACCCCGCCCCCGCCGGUCUGACCCCGCCCCCGCCGGUCAGUCUGGCCCCGCCCCCAUUGGUCCUCACCUACCUCAGCUGAGACGCCCAGUCGGUCGGUCGGUCCCCUCAUGCAGCAGACUCUUAAUCUGUCUAAAUCGGUGAGACUUCAGUUCACAGUCUAGUUCUGCACAGCUCACGGUAACCAUAGAAACGCAUUGAAUAAACACCAAAUUUAACGUCAGAUUUAUAUUUUUAAUUCUCUUUUUCUGUCCAGAAGGCACAUAUCUGCACUUUCUCUCUCUUAGUGUCUUUACAGGAAGCUUUCAUGACCGGCGUUAUUGGAGAUUUUUUUCUUUUUGUCAACAAAUCCCAUUUUUAAAAAAAAGACCAAAACCAACGUUUUAGUUCAUGUCACGAUUCUUUUUUUGACCCCCAGACUUUGUUUUUUCCAAAAACUGCUGGGGACUGUGUUUGUUUUUUUGUUUUUUAACACUACUUUGUUAAAGAAAAUGUAGCAACAUUUUGUGCACAAAUAGAAAUGUAAUACACAAGGUGUUUUUUUUAGUUUUUACAAUGUUUUUUCACAACCCAGAAAACUCUUAAGGGAAUAAAAUGAUAGUGUUGUAUUAAAGAUAACAACAAAAUACGACAGUAAAAGUAAACAAAUAAAAGAAAAUAGCAAUACAUUUAGUCUAAAAAUAGAAAGGAAGACAAGAUUCAUAAUAAAUUAUAAUAAUGAAACUGAAGGAAAAAUAGUGAAAUGAGAGUUUAGUUUCAAUUUGACUAAACUAUUGAUUCAUUUUCCAGUUUAUGUCAGUUAAAAUAUUUUGCCAAAGAAAAUGGUGAAAAAAGCCCAAUAUGAGCCUUAUUCAAAAAGCUUGUUUGGUUAAAAAAAGAGUCAGUAAAAAUAUAAACACAGACAAAAAAUAAAAACAAUAAAUAGACUAAAAUUCAAAAGACUAAACUAUAUAAGACUUAAAAUUGCAGCAAUAAAAUACAAAAAAUAAAAAUAAAAAAAGUCAAUAGAAUAAAAUAAAAUAAACCCCAGGGUAGGGCCGACCAAAAUAUUAUUUUUGGGGCUUCAGAGCUUAAAAUAAAUAAUGAAAAAUUAUAAUUAAAAACAAAACAAAAAAAACCAAUAACAAAUAGACUAAAAUCCAAAAGACUAAACUAUAUAAGACAAUAAAAUGCAGCAAUAAAAUAAGAAUAAAUAAAUCCAAUAGAAUACAAUAUAUUAUUUUUUGGGCUUCAGUGCUUAAAAUAAAUAAGAAUAAAAAAUAAAAAUUAAAAUUAAAAGCCAGAUUAAAAAGAUAGCCCUCUAAAUAUAUUUAAUAUACAUUAAUAUAAAACAGGGAAAAGCAGUGAAAGUUGUUAUUUGAUUGACUAAAUAUUCUGCAUUUUGGCUAAAAAAAAUGAAUAAAGCAUUGUGUUUGUUGGGGACUAUUUUCAGCGGCGGAUUAAUCUAUAUUUGGUGUUUUAAGGCGUAUUUAGACGGUGUAAGUUUUAAGUACAGGGUUAGAGUUAGGGUUAGGAUAACUCACAGUACAUUUUUGGUUUUUGGUCUUUUAAUGGGACGCGUUGACAAAAAGAUCCUUUAAUGAUGCUUAAACUUUAAUGUCAAUUUAAUGAGUUCUCAUUCAGAAACGGAGACCAUUUCUCUUUUUCACCUUCAUAUUAGUUCUCACCUGCUUCAGCUGAACUUAGAAAAAAAAGGAACAAAAACCCUGAAACCUUCCUGUUUUUACCCAAAGUCAGAUGAGAUGAUCAACAUUUCUAAUAAGAGCUUUGUAGCAAAAUGCAGCUUUAUUUAAUUUAAAUGAGCAAAUAUAUCUUCCAAAAGCUUUUUCUCACUAUCUUCUCAUCUGAAUUUGGGUAAAAAAGCCAAAAUGUGGGAUUGUUCCUUUAAAUUGUUUUAACAUCUGGUAACGCUGUUUUAUUUAAUGGGUCUAUAAUUACUUGUAUAUAAACAUUUCCUGGAAAGAUGUAUGUAAUUUGAUACUUAUUGCAAUUAAUUUCCUUAGAAAAGUUUUGUGUCAAUACAUUUUAUUUAAUUUUUCCGUUAUUAUUACAAAUUUCACUCUCCAAAAAGAGCACAAAAACAAUAUAAAUUAGUUAUUUAUAAUCAUAAUUAAACAUUGUGUCUAUUUCCCCAGUAAUGAAUAACAAAUUACUUAACUCUUUCCAGGAGAUUUUUUGUAAAUUAUAAAGAGAUUAUUCAGAAAUGAUGGACCCAUUAAAUAAAGCUAUAUCCAUAAUUUUACAGGUCUGUAAUUUCCUAAUAUUUUUAUUUUUUAAAGUUUUCUGGAAAGAAAUAUGUAAUUUAAUUUUAAUUGAAGUAAAAAUUGGAAUUUCCUUGAAAGAAAAAACUCUUUAAAUAGUCUUUAAUUUAUUAUUGGAAACUAUACUCUCCAUAUAUUUUGAUGUUUAUGCCGUGCACUGACUAAAAUAAUCAACUAUAUCUGCACUAAUUGCACACUCUCUUUCCAUAUAAUUUAUACAAAAUGACGUAAUUCUUUCCAGGAAACUUCCAAGUGAAUUAUAAGAAAGUUUAUUUGGAAAUGAAAACCCAUAAACUGAAGUGUUACCCUACAUCUUUAUUUAUUACAUGUUUAUUUAACAUGCUCAUGUAUAUUUAAGCAGAGACUCGAGCUCUUUAAAUAAUGAGAUGAAUAUAUGAGAAUAUUUUCUGUUAAAUUUUCUGUGAACUGAAUAAAGUUUAACUUCUGUUGUUAAAAUGA